UCACCUCACUCCUCCCCCCUCCCCCUCCCCCUUUCUUCUCCCUCCAAAAACCGACAUCUCCACCCUCCAAACACCACCACCAUCAACUGCAGCCCAGUCCCAGUCCCAGUCCCAGUCCCGCCAGAACCGCGAGAUCCGAUCCGACUCCGACUCCGGGCAGCAGAGUUGGCGCCACGGAACCGGAGCUCGCCGCUGGCCUGUCCUUCCCGCCUGCCGUUUGAUCCUCCCGGUUCGUGAAACCUUUCCUCCCCGCUCGAUCCAUGCCCGGGAGGUGCUCGUUCUUGCCCCCGAGAUCCGUCCGGCCCGCCCCGAGCAGCGGGAUCUCUCCGUGAUCCUCGUCUUGGCCUUCUUCCCCGGCCCGAAGAUCCGGGAUUUCCUUUUCCGGUUCGGUUUCGCCAGCGUGCGUUUCGCCGGAGCGCCGCUGCCGCCGCCGGGCAUGGCGUACGCGUCGCCGUACGUGCUCUCGUUCCUGCUGCUGCUGUCCAUGCCGGCGGUCUACUACCUCGGGCCGCGCCUGCUGCUGCCCAAGACGCUCCCGGCCAUCCCGGACGCCGACGAGACGGAGGACCUCGCGCUCUUCCGCCGCGCCGUGCUCCUCUCGGCCGCGCCCGCCGCCGGCUCCGGCGCGGCGCCCUCCUCCUUCGGCGUGUUCGGCCGCCGCCCGCAGGCGCGGCCCAAGGUGGCCUUCCUCUUCCUCACCAACUCCGACCUCGUCUUCGCGCCGCUCUGGGAGAAGUUCUUCGCGGGGCACCACGGCCUGCUCAACCUCUACGUCCACGCCGACCCCGCCGCCAACCUCACGCUGCCCCCGACCCCGUCCUUCCGCGGCCGCAUCAUCCGGGGCAAGGCCACGGCGCGCGCCUCCGCCACGCUCAUCUCCGCCGCGCGCCGCCUCCUCGCCACCGCGCUGCUCGACGACCCGGCCAACCAGUUCUUCGCGCUGCUCUCCCAGUCCUGCGUCCCGCUCCUCCCCUUCCCCGCCCUCUACCGCACCCUCCUCACCGACAACAAUGCCGGCCGCCACCGCCGCCACCGCAGCUUCAUCGAGAUCCUGGACAGCGAGCCCACGCUGCACGCCCGCUACUACGCGCGCGGCGACAACGUGAUGCUCCCGGAGGUGCCCUUCGACCGCUUCCGCGUCGGCUCCCAGUUCUUCGUGCUCGCCAGGCGCCACGCCGUCAUGGUGGUCAGGGACAGGAGGCUCUGGAACAAGUUCAAGGCGCCGUGCCUCGUCAAGGAGAAGGACUCGUGCUACCCGGAGGAGCACUACUUCCCGACGCUGCUCGACAUGCAGGACCCCGACGGCUGCACCAAGUACACCCUCACCAGGGUCAACUGGACCGACGCCGUCGGCGGCCACCCGCACACCUACCAGCCGGAGGAGGUCUCCGGGGACCUCAUCAGGGAGCUCAGGAAGUCCAACGGGACCUACUCCCACAUGUUCGCGCGCAAGUUCGCGCCGGAGACCCUUGCGCCGCUCAUGGAGAUCGCCGACUCCGUCAUCCUCCGUGACUAGGCGCCAAGUGUUCGUGGACAUGAACAGAACAAGGGUUGGUGAUGUGAUGAAGAAGCAUAAGCUGGUCCAUCCAUCCCCUUUGUGGUUUCUUCAGGGAGGAGCAAACCAGCACCAAACCUACUUCGCCUUGUUGUUCCGUCGCUGGCCGUCGCUCGGCGAAGGGGAUGCUGCUGCUUGCUCAGACUCAGAGAGUGAUGUGGGUGUUGGUGGCGAAGUGCCCCGACUGCCUCUAUCCUAUGUGAGUAUUGUUGUGUUUCUUGGUGUUUUUCCUUUCCACUUUGAUCCCGAGCGAGAGGAAGUCGUCGGCACGCGGUAGGCGUGUCGCUGGUAGUUAGCACGGAUGAUCAUCCUAUGUAUUCACAACGGAGGCAACCUGUCGAUACAUGUAGUGAUGGUUUUUGUAGUAUAUGUUAUCCCCAUGUUGUCAUUGUCAAUAUCACACACCUUUUCCUCUAAAAAUGUAUCAUCAUCUGUAUCAUGGCACCACUAUCUUGUUGCUUU